UUUUGUAAAAAUAUGUCUGUUGAUGUCAGUGCUGUUAAAAAAGAUGCAGACAAUAUUCUGCAAAGUAAUAAGAGACAAAUGAUUGACGAAAAUAAUGAAGUUGCAGCUAAAGCACAAAAGGUAGAAGUAACUGAAGAUCUAAUAGAAAGAAAAAACUCAGUUAAACGAAGACCUUUUGUAAUAAUGCUAGGAUAUCUUGGCAGAAAUUAUUUUGGUAUGCAAAUUAAUCGUGGUACAAAAACCAUAGAAGAAAGUUUGUUGUCUGCUUUGUUGAAAGCUAAUUUUAUUACAAAGGAACAAUUUGAUGAUGUAAGGGAGAUAAAAUUUCAAAGAGCUGCACGUACAGAUAAAGGUGUAUCAGCAGUUAGGCAAAUUGUUUCUCUAAAGCUGCCUGAUAAUGUAAAUAAGGAAGAUAUUAAUGAACAUCUUCCAAAAGAUAUUAGAGUAUUUGGGAUAAAGAGAGUAACAAGAAGUUUUAACAGUAAAAAUAAGUGUGAUGCUCGAACAUACAGAUAUAUUCUUCCUACAUUUGCUUUGGCUCCAGAGGAUCUUAAUUUUUUACAAUCUGAUCAAGAUGAAGAAAUAGUUGAAGAGAUACGACUUAGUCAACUCUCUGAGAUAAAUGGAAGGCCAUACAAUGAAUUUCGAUUAACUCCAGAAAUGAUUGAGAAGCUGAAUGAAACUCUGAAACUAUUAGAGGGUACACACAAUUUCCAUAACUUCACAUCAAAAACAAAACCAUUGGAUCCAAGAGCUAAGCGUUAUAUAAUACAUUUUCGUUGUACGGAAAUAUUCACUGUAAAUGAUAUGGAAUUUGCUGUAUUAGAAGUUAAAGGGCAAAGUUUUAUGUUGCAUCAAAUUAGAAAAAUGGUGUCUUUAGUAAUAGGAAUUUGUAGAAAUAUUGUGACAAACGAUAUUGUUAAGGAUGCAUUUUCUUUAGAAAAAAUUGAUAUUCCUACUGCUCCAGGCUUAGGACUGAGUUUACAUUUUGUACAUUAUGGAUAUUAUAAUGAAAGGUAUGGAACAGAUGGAUUUCACGAAACUUUAGAUUGGAAUGAAUGUAAUGAAGAGGUUGAACAAUUUUACAAAGAAUACAUUCUAAAGGAUAUAACAGAUACCGAAAUUUCAGAAAAAGUAAUGUUUAACUGGUUAGCAUCUUUUCUCACACCAAAAAGAUUUGCAUUUAAAGAAUCAGUAGCAACAGCUGAAUAUAUACUAUAA